GCCGGCGCCGCUGGCCUGGCUCAGCAGCCCAGAGAGGCCGUGACCAAGGCGAUGCCCGAAGCUCCUCGUCCCCGGCUGGAGAGAGCGCUCCCUCGGAGGGGCUGAGAGGAGGCCUCGAGCCAGGCAGGACAGCAGUAGCAGGCAGCCCCCCUCCCCCCCCUGCGCUGAGCCCCGCCUCUGAGCCUAGCUGGGCGGAGGCAGAGACCGCCCGACAGCAUGCGCUGGAGACACUAGGCACGGGCUGAAUCCAGCCGCUUCUUCCUCGUCUCCUUCGUCCGGCGCUUCCGAGAAAGCCCGCUUGGCUCCCCAUGGCCACCGAAGCGGCGGCGGGGCCCAGCGCCCGGCUGCCCUCGUCACCUGCGCGGACGGACUUCUACUGGCUCCGCUCUUUAGCAGCGGGAGGUGUUGCAGGAUGUUGUGCCAAAACAACCAUUGCACCAUUGGAUCGAGUAAAGAUUUUGUUGCAAGCUCAUAAUCAUCAUUACAAACAUCUAGGUGUGAUUUCUACGUUGUGUGCUGUACCAAAAAAGGAGGGUUACCUAGGAUACUAUAAAGGAAAUGGUGCAAUGAUGAUUAGAAUUUUUCCGUAUGGUGCAAUUCAGUUUACUGCAUUUGGCCAAUAUAAAAAGAUGGUAAAGAAGAAGCUUGGUAUUUCUGGGCAUAUUCAUCGGUUACUGGCUGGAUCUAUGGCAGGUAUAACUGCAGUAAUUUGUACGUAUCCUCUUGACAUGGUGAGAGCACGUCUAGCAUUCCAAGUAAAAGGGGACCACGAGCACACUGGAAUUAUUCAUACAUUCAAGACCAUUUAUGCAAAGGAAGGUGGUAUUCGAGGAUUUUAUCGAGGGCUUAUGCCAACAAUAGUAGGAAUGGCUCCUUAUGCAGGUUUCGCAUUUUUUACUUUUGGUACCUUAAAGAGUGUGGGACUUGCCCAAGCACCCACUCUUCUUGGGAAGCCUCGCUUAGAUAAUCCUGAUGUCUUAGUUUUGAAAACUCAUGUAAAUUUGCUAUGUGGUGGCAUAGCUGGAGCAUUAGCACAGACAAUAUCAUAUCCUCUUGAUGUAACUCGUAGACGAAUGCAGUUGGGAGCGGUACUUCCAGAUUCUGAAAAGUGCCUUACAAUGGUACAGACACUGAAAUAUGUUUAUGGAAACCAUGGAAUACGAAAAGGAUUAUACCGGGGUUUAUCUCUGAAUUACAUUCGGUGUAUUCCUUCACAGGCUGUUUCUUUCACCACGUAUGAAUUUAUGAAGCAGAUUUUGCACCUCAAUUAAAGACUCUUCAACAUUUAAUUGAAAAGCAUUUUGCUUAUUUUUGUAUUGUAAAAUUUCCCAUGUCAAAUGAUCACUGUGGAAACACUGGUAUUCAUAGUGCUUUCUUUAAUAAAAGAAGUUAUAGUGUGUAAAUUGGAGGGUGCUCAAUAAGGUUGGGUAAGUAAUUUAGUUUGCAUAUAGUGUGUAAGAUCAUUGUUGGAAAUACAAAUAAAUUUAGUAAACAAACUUGUUACAAAAAGGAAAACAUUUUAUAUUGGUUCUAAACUAUUUACAUUUUUGUAUCCUAUUUAAAGAGUUCACUUGCUUUUUAAAAAGUUGAGUGUCUGCUUUACUAAAUUGCAGUUGCAGAUGCACUUGGAAAGGCAUUCCAUUGAACUCAGCUGGACUUGCUUCCAUGCAAAAAAGUUUUAGGAUUGAUGUGUUAUUCUGCAGUGCACAAAUUAGUUACUUCAUUGUUAAUUUCUGAAAUCCCUUGUAUGGGGUAGUCCAUUAUUUUAUUUUCCAAUAAGUAGAAAGUAAGCAAUGUAACAGUUUGUUUUUUAUACAGAACUCCUUGACUGGGAUCUAAAGAGGUCAUUAGGCUAUUACAAGGGGCUUGUGCUAGCCCAAUGGAAUACUUCACUUUUUUCACUUUUUUCAACAGUUGGGUCCUCAUGUCAUAUUGCAAACUGCUUUUGAAACACCCUGUUGAGGGUUAGCACAGAUGUGAAGUGGGAAGCUUUUAUAGCUGCUUUUAAGAUGGAGGAAGUGGUGAAUUUAUCCUUGUCAUGCAACACCCUUUCCCCCCCAGCUGCUGUUAGCUCCAAGGCUGCAAAAAGAAGAGUACAGCUGCUUUGAAUUUCAAAGCAGCCAUGUGGAAUUAAUAUUAAGAAAAAACCCAAACAUGGGAGUUUAUUAUCAUGGAUCUCCCAUGUCAUUUCUAGUUAAUUACUGAGUUUCAAAAACACUUUGUCACGAAGCAUGGGUAACUGCUUUUCAAGAAAACUCUAAAGCCUCAUUGGAUUAAUGGAAUUAAUUUCAUAAUCCUUGGAUACUGUACCUGGUAUUUCUACAAAACAGUACAAUUCCAUACAUGUCUACUCAGACAUAGGUCUCCUUGAAUAUAGAUUGCAGCCUAAAGAAACUUAAUCUUCCUUAUUUUAUUAAAAUCUCAGGAAAUAUUGAAAUAUUUGUUAUGUGGUAUACUCAUUAGGAAACUCAUUUAAAAAGCAUAAAAUAUGCUUAACAUAAAUCACUAGAUUUAUAAGGUUCAGUUGAAUUUCUAAAACAGGGCAUGAACAAAUAAAAAUAAUUAUGGGUCCAACUGCAGAAGGCAUUAUACCUCUUUGUGCUGUGCAUGCAUGAUGCUACUGAAAUUUAAGGUUCUUCUAAAAUUCAUAGCAUCUUGUAUAUGUAAAUUUGGUCUUUGCUUGGGCUUUAUUUUGGUCAGAUAGAGAGCUUCUAACACAAGACUGCAUAACGCAUAUGGACAAAGGUGCAAAGGUGCCUACUGAAAGAUAAGGGAAAGGAAAACCAAAAGGAUAAUACUACCCUGAGGCAACUGUUAAGCUAUUAACCUCAGAUUUGCUGCCUUACCUGUUUUCAGUAGCUAUGUUUGCACAUGCAGCUCAUGCAGUAUAUUUUACUAAACUGAGUGAUUUGUGUGUGCCUUCCAUUACAACUUCUCUGAUACUAGGAUGCAACUUUAUUAAUCCCUUUAUCUCUCAUAAACCUGAAAAAGAGUACUACCCCAACAAUGGGAGCUUGGGCUUCUUCAUGCGGAUGGCCUUGCUGCCCAACAUGGGUGUGGCUAUGUCUUUUUCCAGUGGAUCUGCCCACUUUUGGCAACAAUUCUUGCCCAUGUUGCCUGCAGUGAUGCCUGGAAAUUUGGGUAGUUAGAAAUGGAUCAGCAUUGGCAGGCUGAUAAGCAUGUCAAUAAGCAUGAACAAUACCCCCUCUUUCUCUAGUAGCCCUCCAAUUUCAACUUCCUAUUCCAAGUAGCAUGUUGUUUUUUUAAAAAGUGUUUGACAAUCUAUACUGGUAAAAUUCUGAUGCUAUCAAACAAAUUAUAAAACUAUGGCAACAAUUCUAAUAAUUUUACUGCAAAGCAAUUUAUUUAUUUAUUGUAAAUGUUGUAUAUAGAAUAUGAAACUGGUAAUAGCUGUGUUACCAAAACUAGCAGCUGUAAAAUGGCUAUUGCUUAUGGUCCACAGCUGGGACAUAUAAUUUUAAUGUUCUGUAGUUGGAUACUUUUUUUUAUUAAAGUGUCUUGAAUAGCAACAUGACUAAAUACCAGCAAAUAUAAAUGCAUGCAUUUGAAAUUAUAUAUUUUGUUUUUAUGCAGAUUUAAGGUGUUUGAUGAAAUGAUAUUAAAGUGUCUGCAAUUAAACUCUGGCCUUAUUCAGAACUUC